AAAAAAGGUUUGAUAGACUUGUAUAUUUUGAUAUUUCUAUAUUCUGAUAUUUUAUAUUUUCAGUCUAUAAAUAUGAUGAACUGGACAGCUGAAGUACAAAUCUCAAAAGCUCACCCACAUUCUUAACACAAUUAAUCUGUAAAAUGGAUGAUGGCAGUGAAUAUGAUGGAGAGAAACAAAGAGGAAACAGAAUCAUUGGACAUUGAUGCUAAGUCAGAAGAUAAGGAGUCAAAGAAAUUCAUCAGGAUUCGGGUGAAGCUUGGGAAUGAUCAUGAAAUUGGUGACCUAAAGACUGUGCCAGAUUCAAUGCUACAACCUCGUUCUAAAGAUGAAAAACAGGCAUGUUUAAAAGAGACAAAUGUAAAGAAGACAAACAUAUUAGAAAAUUCAAAAAUUCAUAACUGUCCUCAUUGUGAUAAAUCGUUCAGACAUGGAUCCAAUCUAACUAGACACAUUUUCAUUCACACAGGUGAGAAGCGGUAUGUAUGUACAGAUUGUGAUGCCAGCUUUUCCCGGAAUGAUAUAUUUCAGGAACAUCUAACAAGACAUAAAGGAAUAAAGCCACAUCAGUGUGAGAUUUGUUCAAAAAGACACACCAGUCGCAGAGCAUAUUUCUAUUGUAAAUCAAAGCAUGCACAAUUGAAAAAUGAAAACCAUUUAUUUUGUACGAAAUGCCACAAGGGAUUUGAAACAAAGGAAGAGUUGGAUUUGCAUACUGGUUUGAUGUUAGAAAAUGGUGGUGUUUGUCGAUCUGUUCGUUCAAAGGGUACAAGUAUUUUAGAGUGUACAGAAUGUAAUAAGACAUUCAAAGAUCGAAGUUCCUGGAGAUAUCAUUUAAAUAAACAUUCAGGAAAAAACUUACUUUACUGCAAAGUAUGCGACAAGAGCUUUCCAAGAAUGCAUGGUCUUCUUGAGCAUGAAAAAACCCAUCUAGCUCGGGAAUUUCAGACUUGGAAGUAUAAUUGUGAUCAGUGUAAUAAGGGAUUUGACCGAAAAUCUCACUUUAAAAAUCAUUUAAAUUUACACACUGGAGAACUCCCGUAUAAGUGUGAGCUUUGUUCUGCUGCAUUCUCAUCAAAACCAGGACUUAAAAGGCACAUGGACAAACAGCAUGACAAAAAACCAGCCAUAUGUGAAGUUUGUGGAAUUACUCUAUCAAAUGCAUUAAGUCUCAAGUCACACAUGCGGAGUCAUAAGAAAUUAUUAAAUAAUGGGACAGAAUACAGGAACCUUGAAAUGGAUUGUUCGGUUUGUGCUACCACAUUUUCAAAUCUUAACAAAUUAGAAAAUCAUAUAAAGACUAUGCAUCCAGAAUUCACAAACUUCACCUGUUUGUAUUGCCCUAAGGCCUUCACCAGCAUGCUUAUACUAAGACGUCACAUUCUUUAUAAACACCGUAGCCAAGAAGCUAAAAUAAAAUGUGAUGCAUGCGACAAAGUGUUCUUUACAAAGUUUGCUUUAAAACAACAUAUUAUUCGCUCACAUAUAGAGGGAAAUUUUCAAUGUGAAAUGUGUGAUAAAUGCUACUUUAGUGAGAAAACAUUAAAGCGCCAUGAAAUCACAAUUCAUACAAAGCCAGAAGACAAAAUCCACAAGUGUCAUGCAUGUGGUGAAGCAUUUGUAACAAACAUGUCUUUGAAAAUGCAUAUAGCUAGAGUUCAUAAAAUAGAAAUUGAGGUACAUGUAGACACAUAAUGACCUAUACUACAUUAUCCAUAAUUCACGCUUUCUAUAAACUCUGAAUAAAGUCUAUAUUUCACUCUGUACUUAUUUGUCGAUACAAUACCUGGUCUGUACUAAGUGUUUCGUUCAGUACACUGGCUCAGAUCAGAUAUUAUAUUAAGCUUUCAAAUACCUAACUCCUUCCAGUCGCUCAGGGUCCAGAAAAUGAUAUAAUGCAUUACAGUCUAGAGUCUAUAUUUCUAAAGAAAAUGGAGAAUUACUAGAAUGUUCUGAGAAAUGGUGUUUAAGAGAGAAUGUAUUACUGUAUUGCUCAAAAAUAUAAGUUAUUACUUUGGUGAUGAAAUCAAAAAUAGUUUAUUGUUUUGUUCAGUUUCAAUUCAAACAGACUGAUAAUAUCAAUAUGUUUUUAUGGUGCCAGGAUAUGAUAUACAACUGCAUAUAACAUAGUCUUGCUUAAAAGACCCUGUACUCCCCCCCCCC